AUUAUAAAUAUUUUUAUUCAUGCUUUUUUUUUCUUCACAAAUCUGUUGAAAAUACUCCAAAACAAGUUAUUAGCUUUUACGAUGAAUAGAAAAUGUAUUCAUUUACUGAUAUCUUCAUUACUUAAGUCCCACCUUUCAAGGUUAUACAAAAAUACUUAUAAAAAGAUCUUCAAGUACAUUUCGCUUUCAUUAUCAAUCAGUUUAGAGUCGAAUAAAGAGCUAUAAACUUCGCAGAAAAAAGAAUUAAAACAUUAUUUUCAUAGUUUACUUGAAUUUUACCGGACAUUUUUUUAUUGAAAAUGUUUUUCGUACUUUUGAGUAUCACUGCAGCAUUUAUUUCUCCAAUUACCUGUCUCCUGUUGCCAGAAGAUGGGUUUUCUAGUGAUCUAGAAUCUAAAUUAAUUCGACCAAAGAUUUAUGAAAAUACAACAACACAAAUUUAUGCUGAUGUUGGAGAUUCAGUACAAUUUGAGUGUUACGCUUCGGGGUCUCCAGGUGCCAAUAUAACAAUUGAAUGGUCAAGACCAAAAUAUAUCAAUGUAUUUCAGUUCAGCAACAUAACUUUACCAAAUGGAGAAAAAUUUUACAGGGGUAAUAUUCUCAAGUUUCCAUCUGUAAAACCAGAACACGCCGGAUCGUACGAUUGUACAGUCUAUGAAGAACAUACAUUACCAAGUUCACGAUCAUAUCUUCUUAGCAUCAAGUCAAAGCCAAUUAUUAACCAGGCAAUUAUUAAAAAAGUAUUUAAAGAAAAGAAUGUCUUGUAUGCCAUUGAAUUGUCAACUCAAAGUGAAGCUAUUCCAGAGGGUGACAUAGCUUGGUAUAAAGAUGCUCAGAUAUUAAAUAUUAGUGAUGAAUAUCAAAUAUCUUUUUAUAGUGGAACUUCAACCCUUACUAUUUUAACAGAAAAUAAUGACUAUCAUGGAACUUAUAAAUUUGUUAUUAAGAAUGAAAUAGGACAAACUGAACAUUCUUUUGAAAUUUAAAAUUAAAUUAUA